AUGUGGACCGGCUGGUGGCUCUGGCCCCUGGUGGCCGUCUGCACUGCAGACCAGUUCCGGGACAAUGCGGUGAGACUCAUGCAGAGCACACCUGUCAUUGACGGGCACAAUGACCUCCCUUGGCAGCUGCUGAAGAAGUUCAACAAUCAGCUUCAGGACCCGAGGGCCAACCUGACCAGCCUGAACAGCACGCACACCAACAUCCCCAAGCUGAAGGCUGGCUUUGUGGGGGCCCAGUUCUGGUCUGCGUACACGCCCUGCGACACCCAGAACAAGGAUUCGGUGAAGCGGACGCUGGAGCAGAUUGACGUCAUCCAGCGCAUGUGCCAGCUCUACCCCGAGACUUUCCUGUGUGUCACGGACAGCGCAGGAAUCCAGCAGGCCUUCCAGGAGGGGAAGGUGGCCAGUUUGAUUGGCGUGGAGGGCGGCCACUCCAUCGACAGCAGUCUGGGUGUCCUGCGGGCGCUCUACCACCUGGGCAUGCGCUACCUGACUCUCACCCACAGCUGCAACACGCCCUGGGCCGACAACUGGCUGGUGGACACGGGAGAGGACGAAGCCCAGAGCCAAGGCCUGUCAUCCUUUGGGCAGAGCGUCGUGAAGGAGAUGAACCGCCUGGGCGUCAUCAUCGACUUGGCCCACGUGUCCAUGGCCACCAUGGAGGCUGCUCUGCAGCUGUCCAAGGCCCCGGUCAUCUUCAGCCACUCCUCGGCAUACAGCCUGUGCCACCACCGGCGCAACGUGCCCGACCACGUGCUGCAGCUGGUGAAGCAGACGGGCAGCCUGGUAAUGGUGAACUUCUACAAUGACUACGUUUCCUGCAAAGCAGAGGCCAACUUGUCCCAAGUGGCAGACCACCUGGACUACAUCAAGAAGGUUGCGGGAGCUGGAGCCGUGGGCUUUGGUGGGGACUACGAUGGUGUGUCCAGGCUCCCCUCCGGGCUGGAGGACGUGUCCAAGUAUCCAGACCUGGUCGCUGAGCUGCUCAGGAGACAGUGGACAGAGGAGGAGGUCAGGGGCGCCCUGGCUGAAAACCUACUAAGGGUCUUCAAGGCGGUGGAGCAGGCUAGCGAUCACAAGCAGGCUCCUGGAGAGGAGCCCAUCCCACUGGGCCAGCUGGAGGCUUCCUGCAGGACCAAGUACGGCUACUCAGGGACCCCCAGCCUCCAUCUCCAGCCAGGGGCCCUGCUGGCCUCCCUUGUGACCCUCCUCCUCAGCCUGUGUCUUCUCUGA